AUUUUAGUCACUGUUACGCGGUUAAACAACAAUGACAGGGAGGAUGAAGGACACAAGUCAUUGAGGAGUUUUCACUCGGCACGGCUGUUAAAGACCAACACCAGCACCGACACCACAACCCCUGCUCCAAAAGAUGGCGGCCCUUAGAGCUUUGUGCAGAGCUGAACGUUUGCUAAUGAAAAACCUCACAAGAUCAUGCAGAAUUAACGCAAACAUCCAGUUGGGCAAGACUUGUGGCUGUUACUUCUCUACCUCCAGUCAGAGAUGCUCGCAAUUCUACUCUGAUCCAAAAGAAGCAGUGAAAGACAUACCCAAUGGUGCUACUAUUCUGGUGGGAGGCUUUGGAUUAUGUGGAAUCCCGGAGAAUCUUAUCAACAGUCUACUGAAGACAGGUGUGAAGGGUCUCACUGCUGUCAGUAACAAUGCCGGUGUGGACAACUUUGGCCUGGGCCUGUUGCUCCAGACCAAGCAGAUAAAGAGAAUGAUCUCUUCGUAUGUCGGAGAAAAUGCAGAGUUUGAACGACAAUAUCUGUCAGGGGAGUUGGAAGUAGAGCUGACGCCGCAGGGAACUCUUGCGGAGAGGAUCAGGGCCGGCGGAGCUGGAGUUCCUGCCUUUUUCACAGCCACUGGCUACGGCACGCUGAUCCAGGAGGGAGGCUCUCCAAUCAAGUACAACAACGAUGGAAGCAUUGCCAUUGCCAGUGAGCAGAGAGAGGUGCGAGAAUUCAAUGGCAGAUAUUUCAUCAUGGAAAAGGCCAUCACUGGGGACUUUGCCCUGAUCAAAGCAUGGAAAGCUGACAGAGCCGGAAACAUUGUUUUCAGAAAAACAGCUAGAAACUUCAAUCAACCCAUGUGCAAGGCAGCAAAGGUCACCAUAGUGGAGGUGGAGGAGGUUGUGGAUGUUGGGACAUUUGCUGCAGAAGACAUCCACAUACCCAGCAUCUAUGUCCACAGGGUCGUCCAAGGAGCCAGUUAUGAGAAAAGGAUUGAGAAACGAACAGUGAGAAAAAGUCAAGAACAGAAACCCAAACCAAGGAAGGACUCGGACAUUGUUCGGGAGAGAAUCAUUCGCAGAGCAGCUUUGGAGUUUGAGGAUGGAAUGUAUGCAAACCUUGGCAUUGGCAUCCCCAUGUUGGCCAGCAACUUCAUAAAACCAGAUAUCACUGUACACCUGCAAAGUGAAAAUGGGAUUUUAGGCCUGGGGCCUUACCCAACAGAGGAUGCCGUGGAUCCAGACCUGAUUAAUGCUGGAAAGGAAACGGUCACAGUGCUCCCUGGUGCAGCCUAUUUCUCCAGUGAUGACUCUUUUGCCAUGAUCAGAGGCGGUCACAUAAACCUGACAAUGCUGGGAGCCAUGCAAGUGUCAAAAUUUGGAGACCUAGCCAACUGGAUGAUUCCUGGUAAGAUGGUGAAGGGCAUGGGAGGAGCUAUGGAUUUGGUGGCCAGUGCUGGAACAAAGGUGGUGGUCACCAUGGAACACUCAGCUAAGGGAGGAAAACACAAAAUUUUGGACAAAUGCAGUCUGCCUUUGACGGGCAAACAGUGCGUGGAUCGUAUUAUCACAGAAAAGGCUGUAUUUGAUGUGGACAAGACAAAAGGUCUCACUCUGAUAGAAGUCCAUGAGGGGCUCACUCCUGAGGAUAUUAAGGCUUGCACUGGCACAGACUUUGAGGUCUCCCCCAAUUUGAGGCCAAUGCAGCAAAUCUGAAGGAGCCGCAAAGGAUUUGAGUUGUGUUUCUGGUUUGUGUCACUCAGUUCUGUGAUCAACAACAACAACAACAACAUAAAGCAGCCUAUAAUGGUCACAUACGCUUGUAAACCAAAAUGUAUUUUGUCUUUAUUUAAUUAUUUUAUUCUUAGAAAUGUAAUUAAUACUGAAAAGUAAAGUAAAAUAAAAUGAAACCAAGGUUUAAUGUGAUAAACGAAUGCACGCAUUGAGCCGAUCUCACAGGUUAGUCGUUGCCACAGUCGACAGAAGUGCAAGUGUGUGGUUUAUACUCUGAUUGUGCCACUAAAGUUUAGUGGUUGGUUGGUUCAGUUUAGUUAUAUACGAUAACUCAUUGUAUUAUGACAAACUAAUAAGCAGUAUCAUUGUGUCUCUCUUAGUUCUCCUACUGUUUCUGUUUUAUUUGUGUCAGAGCAGAGUUGAUCAGCAAUCCAUCCAUUUCACUCAGACAACAGAUGUUACUUCGCCUCCUGUAUGAAGUCUGUAUUACAUUAUUUUGUGUUUAAACCAAACAAAUGUUCAGUGUCUCCUUGUGUACAAUCAAUUUUUGUUCCUUUGUAUAGACUUAAUCUCUUUAUAUCAGAUGAAAAAAACACAAAGGUUUGAGUGUAAAGCUUUUUGACAUGUACAUGUGUCUGACAUGGCCUCCUGUGUCUGAAUGUUGGAUUUAACAUUUACGUUCAUGCCGAAGUCAUCGUCACCACUACAGGGUCGUUACAUAACUGACAAAUUCAGCCGGUGGGGAUUUGGUUUCCAGAAGAUCAGAGUGAUUGUCAGGCAGAAAGAUGGAAGAAAGUGACAGUCGCCACCAGUUUAUUGAAUCAACCAAGGGCGGUGACUGAAGCGCUGUACUUUUACAGCAUAUUUAUGAAACGUAAUGUUUCACCAAAAAAAGCUUGACUGGCUCAUACAGUUCAUGAUUGCCUUUUACAGAGGACAAAGUGACACGCAGAGGCAGAUGUGAUGAGCAGACAGGUUUAACUUGCUAAGAGGAAGAAGUCAACCCGACAUACUAUGUCACUGCUACUAUCAAUCGGGAAAAAUAUCAAGAAUAUUUAGGAAUUUUUGAAAUUCAGGAAGGAAGUUUAAACAAUUACACAAACUGCAAAUAAACGUUGUGGAAAAAAA